AUGUUCCACACAGACUCCGUCAUGUGUGGUAUCUCAGCCCUGGCGUUGAAGACAAAUGCUCCAACCUUGUUGCGCGAGGAAGCACUCACCUACAAGGACCCACAGGGAGCCACCGCCUUUGGCAGCAGCGAAAAGUGCGCGCCGGAGAAGGUCAUCGCUGCCAAUGCCUCUGCCGUGCGGGAGUGGGAUUCCAAUGGCACCGUCUUCGGCUUCAACCCGAAGAUCCCUGGGCACGAAGCAGGCGAGUUUGGCCACAACGAUUUCUAUCCAGUCGUGAUGGCGGCGGCACAGGUGACAGGCAAGGUGGAUGGCAAAAAAGCGCUGCUGGCGAUGAUAGCACUCGAUGAAAUCCGAGGGCGCCUGGCAGAGGUAUUCAGCCUCAAGAGCUACAAGAUCGAUCACGUUGUGCAUGGUGCCAUUGCCUCAGCCGCUGUCUACGGCGCCUUGCUGGGAGCAUCUGUUGACGAGAUCGAGAGUGCGAUCGGCAUGGCUGUGGCGCAUUACAUUCCCUUCCGCGCCAUCCGCGCAGGCAAGCAGCUCUCCGACUCCAAGGGGGCAUCGGCUGCGAUCUCCACGGAGGCCGCAGUUUUGGCCAUGCGCCGCGCGAUGCGCGGCUUCGUGGGCCCCAAGGACAUCUUCAGAAAUCCAGAGGCCAUCUUCCGCUUUUUCGAGCCCACCACCGGCACAGGCAAGAGCAAGGACAACGUCGACAUCGCCCUGAGCAACAAGGUGAGAUGGGGAGUAGGGCCAAGCCCCUUCAACUUGGUCCUGUCCCACAGUGGGGACGACUUUGCUGUCAUGGGCAUGCACUUCAAACUGGGCCUCUACGAGCACCAGUCGGCUGGUGCGCUAGAGGGUGCCAUCUCAGCCUUAGUACAGAAUCCGGAGCUUGCCACAGGUGGCGUAGAUGGCAUCGCUGGCAUCAACAUCAUCGCCUACGAGCCAGCCUUCGGCAUCAUUGGUGACCCAGCCAAGAAGGAUCCGAAGACGCGCCAGUCUGCGGACCACUCGAUGGCCUUCAUCGUGUCGCGAAUCCUCCAGAAGGCGUUGAAGGCUGGUAAGGUGCCUGGGGCCAUGGAUGAUGCUUGGAUGGAGUUGAUGCUAUCACCGUACGACUAUGGCAAGGAUGCUUUGUAUGACAAGGACACCAGGACACUCAUGGAGAAGAUCUCGUUCUCUCACGGCGGACCGGAGUACGAUGCCAAGUAUCCUGAUGGCAUUCCCACUGCGAUUGACAUCACUCUCAAAAGCGGAAAGGUGAUUUCCAGCGGCAUGGUCAUGUACCCUUCGGGCCACGCUCGAAAUACUUCUGCAGACUUGAAGAAGAUCCUGCAGCACAAGAACCGCAUGUUGGGUGACAUUGUGUUCCCGGAGCGGGGCACUGUAGACCAGUUCGUCUCCCGCGCUUUGGCUUGGCUUUUGGUUUGA